AUGACCCUUUCGGAGCAGCAGAGAUGGAUCACGGUCCAGGAGAAGACGUUCACCAAAUGGUAUGUGCUCAACACAAAGAUUGGAGUUCGAAAUCUCGAAGUCAAGGACCUGGUACCGGAUCUUAGCGAUGGUGUCAUGUUGAUUCACUUGCUCGAAUGCCUCUCCCACGAGUCGCUCGGUCGAUAUGCCUCCCGCCCCAAGCUUCGCGUCCAAAAGUUCGAAAAUGCCAACCUGUCGUUGGACUACAUCAGAUCCAGGGGCAUCCAGAUGACGAAUAUUGGUGCCGAGGAUGUCGUCGAUGGAAACCGCAAAAUUGUCCUCGGUCUUAUCUGGACAUUGAUUCUCCGCUUCACCAUCAGUGACAUCAAUGAGGAGGGCAUGUCCGCCAAAGAGGGCCUGCUCCUGUGGUGUCAGCGAAAGACGGCAUGCUACAACGAGGUCCAAGUUCGCGACUUUAGUAGCAGCUGGAACGACGGCCUUGCCUUUUGCGCCUUGCUGGACAUUCACCGCCCGGACCUCAUCGAUUUUGAUACCCUGGACAAGUCGGACCACCGCGGCAAUAUGCAGCUCGCCUUUGACAUUGCCCACGAAGAGAUUGGCAUCCCCAAGCUGUUGGACGUCGAAGAUGUCUGCGACGUGGCGAAGCCCGACGAGCGAAGUUUGAUGACGUACAUUGCCUACUGGUUCCAUGCCUUUUCCCAAAUGGAAAAGGUCGAGAAUGCAGGCCGACGAGUCGAGAAGUUCUUCAACAACAUGCAGGGUGCGUGGGAGAUGCAGAAUGCCUACGAGAGGCGAAUGAGGGAGCUUCUCAAGAACAUUCGGGGUCAGAUCGACCAGUGGCACACGGCCAAGUUCGAAGGCACCUACGCCGAUGCAAAGGCCCAGGCGGCCGAGUUCUCCGAGUACAAGAGGGGCAAGAAGCGCGAGUGGGUGGCCGAGAAGAGCGAGCUCGCCACAUUAUUGGGAAACAUCAAGACGAAGCUCAGUACCUAUCGGUUGCGGCCCUAUGAGCCUCCUGCAGAAGUCAGCCAAGAGGUCAUUGAAAGAGACUGGUCGGGUCUCACAAAGAGCGAGAUGGCGCGCGCACAGCUCAUCAAUGAAACAAUUCGAGAUAUCAAAAACGCGCUGAGGAAGUCGUUUGCCGAUAAAGCCAACGACUUUGCGAUGGCUCUCAACACCAUGCAGCUUGCCAUCUCAGGCCUGGACGGCGAUAUCGAAGACCAGCUGCAUCAUGUCAAGAAGCUCAGCGACAACUUGCAGCCCCUUGAUCGGUAUCUCAGCACCAUUGCGGAAGUGGAUGCAAUGUGUGAGGAAGCAAACAUUGAGGAGAAUGACUUCACCACGUACACAUACGACGAAUUGGCGUACGAACUGACACUAGUAAGGUCGUCGGUUCAGAAGAAGCUGUCCUUUUUGGAGAACCAGAUGGUUGCCCGCAACAUGACCAACUUGACGCCCAUCCAGCUGGAAGAGUUUGAGAGUGUGUUUCGUCACUUUGACCGCGACGCGUCAAACUCGUUGCAGGAACUCGAAUUCAGCGCAGCAUUGGCCUCACUGGGUUUGGUUUUCUCCGAAGAAGAGAUGCACGACUACUUUGUCGAGACCUCUGGGGGCAAUCAAUAUGUCACAUUCGAGCAGUUCAUUCGCUUCAUGGUCGAUGUCACCGAGGAUCAAAACACCGCCGAGCAGGUGUUCCAGUCAUUCCGUGAGGUUGCGGAUGGCAAACCGUACGUCACCGAAAUGGACCUGCGCCACAGUCUCGUGCCGGAGGAGGUCAUCGACACCCUCCUCAACAUGAUGCCGCCGCACAACGGCCCGGACAUGUCACGCGACAGAGGAAAGGCCCAGUACGACUACAUCUCCUUCAUGGAGAAGAUGAUGGGUGGCGACGAUGCGGACGACGAUAUACCAGCCGGUGUGCUCCAGGAUAGAACGAACAUCGGCGAUAGUCGGCCCCGAAAGGACUCCAAGGUCAACGGCGUGCAUGGAUGA